AUGGCGGCUGCUGAUCUGAGAGACGAGCUGAGCUGCUCCAUCUGCCUGAGCAUUUAUACUGAUCCGGUAUCCCUGCCCUGUGGCCAUAACUUCUGCUGGGGCUGCAUUGGGGGGGUGCUGGGUACCCAGGAGGGGUCUGGGGCUUAUUCCUGCCCUGAAUGCAGAGCUGAGUAUCAGGAGCGCCCUGCCCUGCCCAGGAACAGAGCUCUGGGGAACAUAGCAGAGAGGUUCCGUCCGACUGAGACAGAGCCGGGGGAGACUAGGAUCUUCUGCACUUACUGUCUCAUCUCUCCUGUACCUGCUGCUAAAUCCUGUCUGCACUGUGAGGCUUCUCUGUGUGAUACCCACCUGAGGGGGCACUGCCAGUCAGCAGAACAUGUACUCACUGAGCCCACCGCUUCCUUUAUGGGGAGAAAAUGUUCUGUACAUCACAAGGUUCUGGAGUAUCACUGCUGUGAGGACUCUGCCUGUAUCUGUGUGUCCUGCUGCCUGGCCGGGGGGCACCGGGGCCACAGGGUGGAACUGCUGAGUGAGGCCUCUGAGAAGAAGAAAGAGAAACUGAGGAAAGUUCUGGAGAAACUGAGCCCAGAGAGAGAGGAGACUGAGAGAGGAGCCCAGAGGCUGCAGGAGCGCAGGAGAGAAGUGACAGAAGUGGCAGCCGGUGAGACAGAGAGAGUCACUGCCCUGUUUAGGGGCAUCAGGAAAGAGCUGGAAACCCUAGAGAAGCGACUCCUGAGUGACAUCUCCAGGCAGAAAAAGAAGCUCUCACUCACACUCACUGAGCUGAUCCAACAGCUGGAAAUAAAGAAGGAGGAGCUGUCCAGGAAGAUCUGUCACAUUGAGGAGCUGUGCAACAUGGCAGAUCCACUCACUGUCCUACAGGAACAAUGGGAAUCCCAUGGAGCUGCCUUUUGUGGGGCUGAGGGGGCAGAUACUGAGGGCAGAGAGAGAGGGGGUAUAAAGGACCCGGCUGUAGGGGAUCUGGAUGUGGGUCGGAUCUCAGAGACAUUACUCACAGGCUUAGCUGGGAUUGUAUUUCAGUAUUCUCAGGCUUUAAGCAGCAAGAGUUUCCCCUCAGGGCGACAUUACUGGGAAGUGGAGGGCAGUGAAUCAGGGAGCUGGAGGGUAGGGGCGGCCUAUCCCAGUAUAGAGAGGAGAGGGGUUCAGUCCUCGAUUGGGGAGAAUAACAAGUCCUGGUGUUUGUACAGAUGGAAUAAUAUCUAUACAGUGAGACAUGGCAGUAAAGACACACAGUUACCCCACUCCCCUUCUUGCAGAAGAAUCAGGAUCUCAUUGGACUAUAAGGCCGGACGCCUGUCCUUUUAUGAGCUGAGUGAGCCAAUCAGGCACUUACACACCUUCACUGCCUCCUUCACUGAGCCCCUUCAUGCUGCAUUCUGGGUAUGGGGAGGUGCCUGUGUGAGAAUCAUUAGUUAGGGCCCCACCCACUGCCCAGCAGGAACCCCAUUCCCAGAGCUGCCCUUAGCCCUGUGAUGCCAGGAAAGGAAGGACAUUGGCCAUUGUAUUUAUGGAACUUAAAUUCCAUCCAGCUAAAUUUUUUGAGAAGACAUAAAUGGACAUACCCGACACUGCCUGCAUAUCCCACUCAGCACUAUUCCUGAGACACUUACAGUAUAUGGAGCACAUGUGGGUCACACGCAGAGAGUUCAAUGUCAAUCAAAAUCAAUCAAUAACCUGCUAAGGAAUAGUGCUGAGUGGGAUAUGCAGGCAGUGUUGGGUAUGUCGAUUUAUGUAUUUUUCCAAAAACUGAAACAAUAAGGUUGUUUUGUCUUCAAAAAGUUAUUUUCAACAUUUUGACCUAAUUAAAUAGGAUACACUUGUUUUUUGGAGUUAUUCUGGGAUUGGUACAGGUAUCAAACCCAUUAUCUAGAAAUUUCCGAAUUAUGGAAAGCCCG